GAAGGCCCCUCACCGCCCCAGGCCUGCCGAGCCCCCGGCAGGGCAUCGUGGGCCGCCCACGCCACCAGGGCGUCAUGGUGGGUAUGGGUCAGAAGGACUCCUAUGUAGGAGAUGAAGCCCAGAGCAAAAGAGGUAUCCUGACCCUGAAGUACCCCAUUGAACAUGGCAUCAUCACAAACUGGGACGACAUGGAGAAGAUCUGGCACCACACCUUCUACAAUGAGCUGCGUGUCGCCCCUGAGGAGCACCCCACCCUCCUCACUGAGGCCCCCCUUAACCCCAAAGCCAACCGUGAAAAGAUGACCCAAAUCAUGUUUGAGACCUUCAACGUCCCUGCCAUGUACGUGGCCAUCCAGGCUGUGCUGUCCCUGUAUGCCUCUGGCCGUACCACUGGUAUCGUGCUGGACUCUGGCGAUGGUGUGACACACAAUGUCCCCAUCUAUGAAGGGUACGCCCUGCCCCAUGCCAUCAUGCGCUUGGAUCUGGCCGGUCGGGACCUCACCGACUACCUGAUGAAGAUCCUGACUGAGCGUGGCUAUUCCUUCGUCACCACAGCUGAACGUGAGAUUGUACGUGACAUUAAGGAGAAGCUGUGCUAUGUGGCGCUGGACUUUGAGAACGAGAUGGCCACUGCUGCCUCUUCCUCCUCCCUUGAAAAGAGCUACGAGCUGCCUGAUGGGCAGGUCAUCACCAUUGGCAACGAACGUUUCCGCUGCCCAGAAACCCUCUUCCAGCCUUCCUUCAUUGGUAUGGAAUCCGCUGGGAUCCAUGAGACCACCUACAACAGCAUCAUGAAGUGCGACAUUGACAUCAGGAAGGACCUGUAUGCCAACAACGUCAUGUCUGGGGGUACCACCAUGUACCCAGGUAUUGCUGACCGCAUGCAAAAGGAGAUCACAGCCCUGGCCCCCAGCACAAUGAAGAUCAAGAUCAUUGCCCCACCUGAGCGCAAGUACUCUGUCUGGAUCGGUGGCUCUAUCCUGGCCUCCCUGUCCACCUUCCAGCAGAUGUGGAUCACAAAGCAGGAGUAUGAUGAAGCUGGCCCAUCCAUUGUCCACCGUAAAUGCUUCUAAACAUGUUUACAUGAUCACUUUGCCAACCACGCUCAGGAUGACAGCCUUCUAGGUUGCAGGCUGCAGAGGACCUGCAACAGCCAUGUAACUUUCUAUUUUGUAACAAUUUCUGGUUACUGUUGCUCCAAAGCUCCACGUGACACAGUGUAUGUAAAGUGUACAUAAAUUAAUUUAUUUUACCUCGUUUUGUUUGUUUUUAAAACCAAUGCCCUGUGGAAGGAAACAAAAACUUCAAGAAGCAUUAAAUCAUCGGUCAUUCUGUCACACCCCUAA